AUGCAAGAAAUCCUAGUAAUCACUUGCCCAGGCGGCAGACAAAGCUCUCAUCUCAUCCCUCUCUUAGACAACAAAUCCAGAUUCAAACUCCGUCUAGCAGCCCACACCUCCGAAUCCGCCUCUCAUCUCCAAACCACCUACCCAGAAGCCGAAGUACAAAUAUGCGACAUAUCCUCCCUCGCCGAAUGCCGCAAGCUUCUCAGCAACGCAGCAUCAGUCUACCACGUGGGGCCCUCACUCCACUCCCGCGAAAUGGAAAUCGGGAUCAACAUGAUCGACGCAGCCGUUGCCGAGAGCCAAAAGCCAGAUACCAAUUUCAAGCACUUCGUUUACUCCAGUGUUCUCGGCACCCAGCAUCGUAACCUCAUGCAGCACGAUCACAAGAGCCGCGUCGAAGAAAGGCUGCUACUAAGUCCUCUGAACUUCACAAUUCUCCAACCAACCAAUUUCAUGGAUGUGUACCCGGCCGCUGAACUUGCUAAAAUGGAGAGUCCGUCUAUUGAUUAUAUCUGGAACAUCUAUAAUCCACAUGUUGCCAAUAGUUUGGUUGCGCUAAAAGAUCUGGCUGAAGCCGGAGCCCGGGUUUUGGACGAGCGGGAAGCACACUAUUUCGCUCAGUAUCCGCUGUGCUCGACGUUCCCGGUGUCUGAUGCGGACUUUGUUAAGGUUAUUGGAAAGCAUAUUGGUAAGGAGAUAGUUGUUUCAGCUCCCACUUUUGAAGAGGGUGUUAGCAAGGUUCUCAAGAUUUUGUAUGCCGGGGAGAGCGGCGUGUAUAGUGGGGAUCAUGUGGAUUCAGAUUUGAAAUGGCCGGCCUCACAUGGGGAUUUGCGUCCCGAUAUUACAAGGGAUGAGGCUGAGAGGCUAGUUUUAUUCUAUAAUCGGCGUGGAUUGAAAGGGAAUCCGAGUGUGUUGAGGUGGUUGAUUGGGAGGGAGCCUACGACUGUUGAUGAGUGGGUGAAGCUCCAAUUGAGAGGCUAG